GGCUUAACACGAGGUUUCCUGCUUCCAGCUCUGGAGCUGACUGCGCUAUUUCUGUACAGUCACUGUUGCCCUUCUUGGGUGGUAUCUGACUGUUUUAUACACCCCCCUGCAGGUAUUUGGUGCAGGCUGGGUCCAAGAAAACAUGACUGGAGGGAUGAAAUAAAAAUUGGUGGUGCUUUUUUUUUUUCUUUUUUUCUAGAUUGCGGUGAGCAAACUUCGCUCUAUGGGAGUAUUUCCUUGGGGCUGCCCUGCAAGCACAUGUCCACGUCUCUAACUUCAGUCUGCGACUUGACUGGACUGCUUAGUUGCGUGCAAAUUCCUUGGGCUUGACUGUCUGUACAGUCUAGUCCAGAGUCCUCCUCACACAGUAAUCCAGUGACCCGAACACUACAAAGCCAAUUUGCAGCAGCUUGUUGAAUGGUUGAUGACUAUAGUGUGUCUAAGUGAACCUUUUUCUAGUGAAAUUAGUUUAAAAGGGGACUUUUUAUGGGGAAAGAAGAUGACUCUAUUGAUGGAGCAAACAGUAAGGCCUUGCCAGGCUGCUGAUUACCCCUUACACGCACACACAAAAAAAUUAGUGUUCGUAUCAGUGCUGCUGUUCUUGAUGUAAGCCUCCAGCUGCUCAACCUUUGCAGCCUUUUCCCCAAUUCUGCUAGGGCAUAUUACAAGAAGAUAGUGGGUCUCAGAAAGUGAAUAUUAAUAGGUAAACACAUCUAUUUCAAAUCAAAAUUAUCUUAUAGCUUAAAGAGGGUGAUCGUGAGAAAUAAGCAAAGCUGUGGGGUUGUAUAGGUUUGGGGUUUGGUUUUGUUGUUGUUUUUAAUCCUUUUUGACCUUGCUAGAUGUUUGUUGUUGCGGUUAAGCAGGUAGCCUUCCUUAAAGUUGUUUGGUUUUUGUUUUCUUCCCCCUUCCCUGCUGCUAGGGAAGGAUCCACAAAUUGGCUGACAAGUAGGAGAGGAAAUGGAGUGUGUGGAGUGAGAUGGGAAAUUACACUGGAAAAAAUGCAAGACCUUGUUAUUUUCUUUGGCCUGUAUAGUAAUAUUUGAUAUUACGUGUAAGAAGUUCUAAAAGGAUGUUUCAACUUGCAAAAAGCUGAAUAAGCUCACUCAAGGAGGCAUUCGCCUUGGCUUAAAAAUACUCAGGAAUGUUCCAGUUGAGUGAUGAGAUGGCACAAAACACUGGAAAGUACACAGGAUGGUAUUUUAUCAUUGGGCACUUGGAUUAGUGCGUGAGGACGAGACCCAAAGCUCACUGUCUUGUAGGCUUCUUUACCCUUACUAUUUUCCUGGACCCUGCAUGGUCGCAUUUAAGUCUUAUAGCAGCACCAAGAGCUGCAAAGGACCAGGUAGGCAUGUCUUUUGAGGAACGAGAAGGCAGUAGUCGCUGCCCUCCUUCAUGGUACACCUCAGCCAAGGGCUGUUCAGAUUGUCCAACUGGAAGCACAUCAGCAAUCCUGUCACCGCCAACUUGGGCAAAAGUCAAGCUGACAUUUCUUCAGCACUACUGCGUUUACUGCAGAAUGGGGAUUUUAAGCUGGAGUUUGGCCAUCAUCAAGGCAGGACAAGUUCUGUCUGGCAUGGAGGUACAGCUACCAUUGUUCAGAGCCCUGGAGACGAAGUAUGGGGAAUAGUGUGGAAAAUGAACGCUAGCAAUUUAAGUUCACUGGAUAAGCAAGAGGGAGUUGAAGAUGGCAUUUAUGUCCCCAUAGAAGUUAAUGUCCACACUGAAGCAGGAAAGGUACUGACCUGUCGAAGCUACCAGAUGAAGGACUAUGUCUGUGGUCCCCCUUCCCCUCAGUAUAAAAAGGUUAUCUGCAUGGGUGCGAAACAGAAUGGCUUGCCAACUGACUAUCAGAAGAAAUUAGAAGCUAUUGAAACUAAUAACUAUACAGGGACACUACCAAUCAUGGAAGAGAUUGAAGCUGCUAUUAAAGCAAAGAAAAUAAAUUCUGCGUAGAAUACUUCCGCACUUGCUUGGCCGUUCACCUUGAUUUAGGUACUCCUCACUGUGCUGAUCAGCAGUUUCUUUAUUUGUCAAGAAAAAAUGAGUUUGCUGUGCAUCUACAGUAAGCCAUUAGACAUAAUUUGCAGUCUGAAGACACACUGCCAUUGGUAACUUCUUCACUUUGUAUGUAUAGCUUGAGUUCAGAUUUGGAAAUUACCUUUUUGUAAUUGUCAUGCAGUUUGUGCUUCAAGUUCUGUUUAUAGACCUCUUUAAAAGAAAAAGGCCAUCUUGCUGGGUAUUGGCAUCUGUUGCCUUCUGAGGAAUGAGGGCUGCAGGAUCAGGCCCUUUGUUUUUAAAUGUUGUAUAUGCAAUUAUCAAGGAUUUCAAAAAUUUGUUAGAGUGCAAAGUAGACGCAACUUUCAACCAAAACUAACUUUUUUCUCUGUGGCUUCAUUGGUUAAAGCCCAACCUAUCUGAAGCUGUAGAGCUCCUGUUUCCAUUUGUACAGUUAGUAAAGAAAGCAGAGUAAUAUAUAAUUUUUUUUUUACUAUCUCCAUGUUUUUAAGUGUUAGUCCAAAAGGCAACCGAGGCCUGAAGACAACAUUCAGCAAAGGAUCUCAUUCAAAGCAUAAUGGCUGCCUCCUUUCUAUGUCUAGUAAUCAUCAUAGGUGAACUGGUUAGGUAUAACCAACAGAUUUCAAAGAAUUCAUUUUAGUUAGAUAAUUCCAAGGGUUUUUAAAAUAACCUUUUUGACUGGGUUGUUGCUUAUCUAGGCCUUGGUCUCAUGUCCAGUGAAAUCAGGAAAUCUCCUUAUGAGUCCUAGUGCAUUUGUUUCAUGGUUUUGUUUGUCUGUUAAACCCCAGAUGAACAGACUUGGCCUCUUUGCCCGUCCCCCAGCUUUGACAAUCUCCUGCAAAACUGAAAGCUCUUGUAAGGUUUAGAGUAUUUAACUUACCUUUAUGGUACUUGGCAACCCCUGUAGGUAAUCUGUGGGGGACAAGGAAAAUUUGACAACCUGGAAGAUGUCAAAUGACAAAACUUUGGCUUAUCUUCUGUAUGGUGUAUUUUUUUUCCUUGAUGUACAGAAGGUGUAAGAGAUAAUCAGUGCCACUGUGAAUGCUUAGAUAGACAGAAGGACAAAGUAACAGACUUACCAUGUCUUCUCUGCAUAAAAUUUUUCUGUAAACUUCUGUCAGGGAUGUAUUAGGUGCUGUCCUGAUGUCAUAUGCCCAUUUCCAGAGUUGGGCAUUGUGACUGCAGUAAAACAUGGUACUUUCUGUAUUAGCAUUGUCUAGUCUGAAACGGAGUAAAUAAAAUUGC